AUGCACAUCGAAUUUAAGGACUACAGAGAAUCAUUGCCGUCUGCAGUAAGGCUCCCAAAGCUUGAUUAUACGUACGAGGAAGUGUCUAGUGUGAUGAUAACCGAGAUGCUUGAUCUGCACUACUCCAAGCUCCACCAGGGAUACAUCGACAGAUACAACAAGGCACAAAGCAGCAUGAAUCUAACACAGCUGAUAUACACUCCAGAAAAAGAAGAAGAAAAAGCCCUUCUGUUCAACCUAGGAGGCUUCUUAAACCAUUCCCUCUUUUGGAAGUCUUUUAACCCAAAUAAAGAAACACACAUUCUCUCAGAUAAGCUAGAACAUCUCAUUAAAAAAUCGUUCCAAAAGGAUCUCUGCGAGGAGAUCGUUGACAUGCUGCCAAAGAUCAGAGGAAGCGGAUGGAUAUGGCUUACAUACUGCAAGGCAACAGACCUCCUGCAGCUGGAGAUAACGAUGAACCAAGACUUUCCAAACACUCCCAUACUUCUGAACAUUGAUCUGUGGGAGCAUGCUUACCUAAUUCAGUACAAAGUCGACAAAGUCCAGUAUAUAACAUCCCUGUACUCCAUUCUCAAUUGGAAGUUUGCAUCGGAGAGACUGGACAGAAUAUUAAAUGAAUAA